GCCGAGGGGAGAUUGAGUUCGAAUUUGGAUCGGGUUAUUCAGAGUCAGACACGCCGACACUUGCGGCCUAGCAACAGGUCGAUUUAGGUACUGCAUAUCCAUUCAUCUACUGCAGAAACAAUCAAAGAGUCACCAUGGAUAAUUGGCAUCCCAUAGCCCGUGUGUAUCAUCCACUAACAGCAGGUUCUAUAGAUGGGACUGACUCCAGACCGCAUGAUAGAGCUGUAGAGAGAGCUAUAAAGGCCAGCUAUGUACCGCCCUCUGUAGACGGUGACCCGCAUUUGACCUUGUUUGUUGCUAGGCUCAACCCUGAAACAACAGAGAAAACCUUGGAAAAGACUUUUUCAAAGUACGGUGACCUAAAGCAAGUGAAUCUAAUCCGCGAUGCUGUGACAGGCUUCUCAAAGCAGUAUGCGUUCAUCGAGUUUGAAGACGAAAGUUCGGCGAGACGUGCAAGGGCCAAGGCUGAUCAGAGCGUGAUUGAAGAACGCAUUGUCUUUGUCGACUGGGAGUGUGAGCGCACCCUGGAUGGAUGGAUACCCAGAAGGCUAGGUGGUGGAUUCGGGGGCAAGAAGGAGUCCGGCCAGCUGAGGUUCGGGGGCAGGGACCGGCCGUUCAAGAAACCCAUCGUAGUCCAGCCAAAAGAUCGAGAUAGAGAGACAAGAGAUGGCGAUAGAGAAGAAAGAUACCGUGAAGGAGACAAUAGGUACAGGGAUAGGGGGAUAGGCAGAGAUAGGGACAGAUAUCGAGAUAGAGAGGCCAGCGAUAGGAUAGACAGAUAUCGAGAUAGGAGGGAAAGAGAGAGAGAUAGAAGAGGCGAAGAUAGAGAUAGAAGGGAUGAAGAUCGAGAGAGAGAUAGAAGGGCUGACGAUAGAGAUAGGGAGGAAAGCAGUAGAGUGAUAGGCAAAGACAGAGGUUCAGAUAGUGAAGAUGGAGAAAUCAGGGACAAAGAAAGAGAGAGGGGAAGAGAGAAGGAUGAAAGGAGAGAUAGAAUAGGAGAUAGAUAUAAAGAUAGAGAUAAGUAUAGGGAGAGGGGCAGGUAUGGAGAUGAUGAGAGGGAGAGCGAUAGGUAUAGGGAUAGAAGGAAAGAGAGGGAUAGAGAAAGAGAGGAGAGGAAAGAGGGGAAGAGAAGAUUUAGGGAAAGAGAGAGCGAUGAAGGAGAGGGGUUUGAAAGGAAAGAGGAAAGUCAAGAACCAAGUUCAAAAUGGGAUUAAUUUAAUACCAGGCAAGAAAAAAAUUGUUUCCUUUUUUGGGGGCCCGUUUUUAAGGUCAAGUCCACCUCAGAAAAAUGUUGAUUUGAA